AUGCGAAGGCUUCCUACUUCACGUCUCGACCCGACUUCCGACCUCUUCCGACUCUCAACUGCUGUGCAACAAAACCGGUUUCGAAGCAGUCCCGCUGAAGAACCUCUCGUUGACGAGCGUUGUACGCCGCACGCAAUAAAAAGACAGCGCAGGUCGCGUCUUUCUCCCCAAUACCCACUCUAUCCACUCUUUUUCAUAUACCCUCUUCCGACCCGACGAAUACCCCCUCUCCACCAAAGCUCUGAAAUGGAGUCCAGCGGUUCUUCUUUCGUCCUAUCCAAGCCUGGUUCAAGUCCUCCUCCUAUCAGUGAGCUACCUGCAUUGGCGUCAUACUUCCCGCCCCCGAAGAAACAGACAACCUGGGAUAAAAUUCGCCUUGCUAUUCGUGAACCCGUGGCAGAAUUCGCGGGUGUCGCAGUAUUCAUCUUUUUCGGGACUGGUGUCGAUUGUCAAGUCGUUCUCUCCACGAAUCCUGGCGUAGCUUCAUCUCCGAAAGGGGACUUUCUGUCUGUUAAUUUCGGUUGGGCUAUCGGUCUCGCGAUGGGUGCAUGGAUUUGCGGCGGAAUAUCUGGAGGACAUCUUAACCCAGCGGCAACCCUUGCUAUGGCGGUCUGGCGUGGCUUCCCGUGGAGAAAGGUUCCUGGUUAUAUCUUUGCGCAAGUCCUGGGAGCACUUGUCGGUUCUGCGAUCGUCUACGGAAAUUAUGUCGAGGCUAUCGAUAUCUUCGAACAAGGAUAUCGCACCCGCGCUACUGCUGGCCUUUUCGCAACUUACGCACUGGAUUACAUGUCUUCUGUCUCCUGCUUCUUCGUCGAGUUCCUCGGUACUUUCAUCCUAAUUUUCAUCGUCUUGGCCGCAACGGACAAAAAGAACAAUGCUCCUCCUGGUAGCCUCCUCCCCGUCACCCUCUUCCUUGCCCUCCUGGGUCUCGGCACUGCACUCGGCAUGCAGACUUCAUACGCCUUCAAUCCUGCUCGUGAUUUUGGACCUCGACUCAUGCUGACUUUCGCAGGCUAUGGGAGGCGGCUUUAUACUUACCGAAGUCAAUACUGGCUUUGGUGUCCCAUCAUUGCACCUAUCCUAGGUGCUCAGGCUGCUGCUGGCUUCUAUGAUCUAUUCCUCAAAGAGUGUGACUCAGACAGCGCCGACCUUGCUGCUCCUGCUCAUCCGUUGCAGAGCCCUGUCACCGGCGCAAGCCAGGUGUAA